AAGCGCGCACACGGACUAGAGGCUUGCAGUGAGGGUCCACUCGCACAGACGGACACACACACACACACACACUCACACAGCAGGAUAAAGGAGAGCUUGAGUCUUUUGGAGCUUCCACUCCACCUGUCUUCACCUGAGGAGCGGCGAUCAUCCCCCGGGACUCUUCUACCUGGACCACCUCUCUGGGAGCCAUGUGAGCCCCCCACUUCGCCCAGAAAAAGUGCCCCCUGUUCAGCGCCAGACCAGCCGGAUUCUACCCUCCAGGAGCUCCAGGAGUGGCCCCCAGGCUCGGAUCGGACUCCAGCCCGAAGGAAGCACCUGAUCUCUGGUCACUGGUCGGGGUGGAGGUGCCCCCCCCCUGGUCUGGAGGCCAGAGCUCCGGCACCAUGGAUUACCUGCUUGGCGUUGUAGUGCUGCUGUGUGGCGCGGUGCUGCCGGGAAGAGCAACGGAAGCAAAGCACAACGUCCCCCGGCUAAAGCUCUCCUACAAAGAGAUGCUGGAGUCCAGUAACCUGCUGACCUUCAACGGCCUGGCCAACAGCUCCAGCUACGACACCUUCCUGCUGGACGAGGAGCGAGGGCGGCUGCUGGUCGGAGCCGAGGACCACAUCUUCUCCUUCGACCUGGUCAACAUCAACAGAGACCACAAGCAGAUGGCGUGGCCCGCCACUCCUUCCAAGCGGGACGAGUGCAAGUGGGCAGGAAAGGACCUCGGGAAGGAGUGCUCCAACUUCAUCCGCGUCCUGCAGCCGUACAACCAGACGCACCUGUACAUCUGCGGCACCGGAGCCUUCCACCCCAUCUGUGCUUACCUGGAGAUGGGCAAGAGGGCAGAGGACAACAUUUUCCGGCUGGGCUCCCACUAUGAGAACGGCCGCGGCAAGAGUCCCUACGACCCCAAGAUGCUGUCGUCCUCCCUGCUGAUCGACGGGGAGCUCUACUCCGGCACGUCGGCCGACUUCAUGGGCAGAGACUUUGCUAUCUUCCGAACGCUGGGAGACCAUCAUCCCAUCAGGACGGAGCAGCACGAUUCCAGGUGGCUCAACGACCCCAGGUUUGUUGGCGUGCACUUGAUUCCAGAGAGUGACAAUCCAGAGGACGACAAAAUCUUCCUGUUUUUCAAAGAGAACGCGAUGGAUGGAGAGCACACUGGGAAGGCCACCAUCGCCCGGAUAGGACAACUGUGUAAGAAUGACAUGGGAGGCCACCGGAGCCUGGUCAACAAGUGGACCACCUUCCUCAAGGCUCGGCUGAUGUGUUCGGUCCCCGGGGUCAACGGCAUCGACACACACUUCGACGAGCUUCGUGAGUCUGCCUUUUCUUUCGGGUGUUUGGGUCGGUGUAACCCGCUCUCUCUCUCUCUGACUUCAGAGGACGUGUUCCUCAUGAGCUCCAAGGAUCCCAAGAACCCUGUGGUCUACGCCGUGUUCACCACCUCCAGCAACAUCUUCAAAGGCUCGGCCGUGUGCAUGUACAACAUGGCAGACAUCAGGCGGGUCUUCCUCGGCCCCUACGCCCACAGAGACGGACCCAACUACCAGUGGGUGCCUUUCCAAGGCAGGGUGCCGUACCCCCGCCCCGGAACCUGUCCCAGCAAGACCUUCGGCGGCUUCGACUCCACCAAGGACCUCCCCGAUGAUGUCAUCACCUUCGCCAGAGGGCACCCGGCCAUGUACAACCCGGUGCACCCGAUAGGCGGUCGGCCGAUCAUGGUGCGGACCGACGUGGACUACCAGUUCUCCCAGCUGGUGGUGGACCGAGUGGAGGCGGAGGACGGGCAGUACGACGUCAUGUUCAUCGGCACAGACCUGGGCACGGUGCUGAAGGUGGUGACCAUCCCCCGGGAGAGCUGGCACGACCUGGAGGAGGUGGUUCUGGAGGAGAUGACCGUCUUCCGGGAGGCCACGCCCAUCACUGCCAUGGAGCUGUCCACCAAGCAGCAACAGCUGUACCUGGGCUCGGCCCUGGGCGUCUCGCAGAUGUCCCUGCACCGCUGCGAGGUGUACGGCAAGGCCUGCGCCGAGUGCUGCCUGGCCCGGGACCCCUACUGCGCCUGGGACGGCAGCGAGUGCUCGCGAUACUUCCCCACCGCCAAGAGGCGGACCCGGCGGCAGGACAUCAGAAACGGAGACCCUCUCUCCCAGUGCUCGGACCUCCAGCACCAUGACGACGGCGAGGGUCUGGCUGGAGCCGUGGAGGACCGCAGCGUGUUCGGCGUGGAGAACAGCAGCAUGUUCCUGGAGUGCAGCCCAAAGUCCCAGAGGGCCCGGAUCUACUGGCAGCUGCAGAGGGCCAGCGACGAUCGCAAGCUGGAGAUCAAGUUUGACGAGCGGGUCCUCCGCACCGACCAGGGCCUCCUGAUCCGCAGCCUGGCCCAGGGCGACUCGGCCGUCUACCACUGCCACGCAGUGGAACACGGCUUCAUCCAGCCCCUGCUGCGUCUGCACCUGCAGGUGAUUCCCAGCCAGAGGCUGGGAGACAUCCUGCCCGGGAUCCCGGGCCUGGCGACGGGCCCCUCGGCCAAGCACCGCGUGUGGUACCGGGACUUCCUGUCUCUGCUGGAUCACCCGGACCUCAACAGCGUGGAGGAGUUCUGCGACCGGGUCUGGAAGAAGGACCGAAAACAGAAGCGCGGGAAGACGGCGAGCGCCAAAGCGGGCACGUCUGCGGUCCGUCCCAAAUCCAUGGGGCCCAACGCCCAGAAGCAGCAGGCGAGCCCGCCGGAGAACCAGCCGUGGCUCCCGGCCGAGGCACCGGCGAAAGAGGGAGCGGCAAAGAGCCAGAAAGGUCCAUCGAACCCGGAGGCGACGGCAGCGAAGAGCAGCCAGAAGACGGCGAACGCUCAGAAGGGCCUGGCCGGAUCUCAGGCCCCUGGAGGGGCCCGGGCCGGCGGUCCGCACUCGGCCAAGUGGCGGCGGAUGCAGGAGAACAAAAAGGGGCGCAACAGAAGAACCCACGAGCUCCAGAGACCCCCGCGCAGCGUCUGAGGCGGCGCGCACGCACACACACACACACACACACACACACACUGCAGAGGAGAGCGGCGCGGGGCCAGCAGACAGACAGACUCUUCACCCUCCUGUACAUAAGCUACCUGAAGGACCGUCGCGGGGCCCCUGCAUGUGGGACGGACUCUUGCUGUGAAGAGAAUGACAGAGCCCAGAAGGCGGCGCUGCAUGUCGCUGUCCGUCAGUGUCUGAUGAAGAAGCUUAUUUUGCCGAACUCUGGCGUGGGCUCCGCCCCCCCGCCCCGGCCCGCCCCGCCGUGGCCAUGGCGCGGCCUAACUUAUUCCCCUGUACAGAGGCGCCCGCACAAGCACACCACCUCCUCACCCUUAUUUAUUGUUUCGUGAAAGGCUUGCAUUUAUUUUUCUACGGCGGCUCGUGGCUCACCACCGGAGACAGAGUUGGAGCAACCCUGGACUUUUGUAACAACCACAAGCACAAUCCAGUCUCUGUUUUGUAAAUGUCCUCCCUGCCGUCGCACACCUCGUCUCUCACGUGUAAGCAAAGUGUCGCUGUGAACCUCUGUGCCAGGCCUGGACCUGUACUGCAUGUGAAUGCUGCCUCCAGUAAGUGCAUCUUUUUUAUCGUCAAGUGUUUGGUGUGAGGAGGGCUCCUCCCUCCGGCCUCAGAGAGCCAUAGUUACUGCGGCUGUAACCCUCCUCUCUGGCAUGCACCCCGUUGUCUCAAUAAACAUCUCCA